AUGCGCAGCGUUAUUGUGUGGCUCGUAAGCGCCGGCGCGCUGCGGCCACCCGGCCGGCGGCCAAAGCCGACCGCGAAGCCGUUCGCGCCGGACACGGACGCGCUCGACGACUUCUUCACGCAGCUCGACCCGGACGCGGUCGUCGCGACGGCGCCCGAGGACGCCGCACCCGCCGCGCCCGCCGCGGACUGGGCCGGCGGCUGGGACGCGCCGGCCGUCGAGACUGGCGCCUGGGUCGCCGACGCCGCGCCGGCCUUCGUGCCCGAGGGUCUCGGCGGGCCGGAGUGGGAGAGCCUCGAGGACGACGCCGCCACGGAGCUCGCGCUCGACGUUUUAGCGACGCCGCGGAGCGCGACGGAGAGCCUCGACGACGACGACGACGACGAGCUCGUCAUGAAGCCCACGGACGACGCCGAGCUCGCGUUGGAUGUUCUCGCGACGCCGCGGAGCGCGACAAAAAAUGCAGGGGUGGAGUUCAGCCACCCGCAGCUCAACGCCGGCGAUUCCGUGGAAGUCCUUUGCGAGGACGACGGCGUCUGGUACGAGGCGACGUUGAAAGAGGUCGGCCUCGGCAUUUGUAUAGCCGACUACGGCGAGGGCUUCGAGCCGGAAGUCGUCGAGGUGACUCGGGUACGAAUCCCGGACCUCGAUCUGAUCACGAAGAUCCAGGCCGUGCCCGAGGAGCAAUCAGUUGAAUACGGCGAGGUCGACUCCCAUUUACUCAUAGAGCGAGAUAAGAACGGGAGGCCGGCCCACGCGGGUUAUACAUAUGUGGAUGAACAGACGUGCGUCGGCUGCUAUAAUUGUGCGAUGGUCGCGCCCGCCACCUUCUUCAUGGAGGACACGUACGGCUCGGCUCGAGUUUUUCAUCAACAUGGAGAUGCGGCGGAGAUUAUCGAAGAAGCUAUUGAUACGUGCCCCGUCGACUGCAUCCACGCCGUGAGCUUCGAUGAAUUGGAGAGGCUGGAGAUUGAGAGGCGGGACCAAGUAAUAAACUUCGCGGGCCGGAACAUGGCGCGGGCCGAGGGCAAAAACAUCAUGGUCGCGUCGAUGACGUCGUCGGCCGGCGGGCGCUUCUCGCGCGUGCAGGAGUUCGAGGAGAUCGUCGAGGACGACGAGUUUCGCAUGAAGGCGGAGGCGAAGGCCGUCGAGCGGAAGCAGCGCGCGCGGGAGGACGUCGAGCGCAUCUCGGGCGUGCGGCAGACGUCGGUGGAGCUCUAG